UUGGCCGGUUUCACGAAAAACCGGAGGUAUAAUCUAAAGUCGCAUCAAGUAGAAAGGGUUAACCAAAGUCAAAACCCAUAGAGGAAGUUAUGUUGAGAGCAUCACCAUCCUUCUUUCGAUUAACCACCACCUCCACAGCCAUGUUCUCUUCCACUUCUUCCAUUUCUUCUCUCAGAAACCCUAACUUCCUCUUCCCUUCAUCUUCAUCACCGCAUUCUUCAAAACUCUCCAUUCCUCCUCACUCUCUUUCGCUUUCCAACAAUCGCAAUCGCAUCUCCCUUCGAUGCUUCGCUUCUCGUCCCAUUCAUGUCGUCAAUCCCAUCGUCGAAAUGGACGGUGAUGAAAUGACCAGGAUUAUAUGGACGAUGAUAAAGGAUAAACUUAUAUUUCCUUACCUGGAUCUGAACAUAAAGUAUUUUGAUUUGGGGAUUGAAAAUCGUGAUGCUACUGGCGACAGAGUGACUGUCGAAAGCGCGGAAGCUACUCUCAAGUACAAUGUUGCUGUGAAAUGUGCAACUAUAACUCCUGAUGAAACCCGAGUCAAAGAAUUUGGACUGAAGUCUAUGUGGAGAAGCCCCAAUGGCACAAUAAGGAACAUUUUAGAUGGUACUGUAUUUCGUGAGCCCAUAAUAUGCCGCAAUGUACCCAGAAUUAUUCCUGGAUGGAAAAAACCCAUCUGUAUUGGUAGGCAUGCUUUUGGUGAUCAGUAUCGUGCCACUGAUACAGUAAUCAACGGACCGGGGAAGCUUAAGCUGGUAUUUGUCCCUCAAGAUGGUGACACUCCCGUGGAGCUUGAUGUUCAUGAUUUUAAAGGCCCUGGUGUAGCUCUUGCUAUGUAUAAUGUUGAUGAGUCUAUUCGAGCAUUUGCUGAAUCAUCCAUGUCAUUAGCAUUUACAAAGAAGUGGCCACUUUACUUAAGCACCAAAAACACAAUUCUCAAGAAAUAUGAUGGCAGAUUUAAAGACAUAUUUCAGGAGGUUUAUGAAGAAAGGUGGAGGCAAAAGUUUGAAGAACACUCUAUAUGGUAUGAACAUAGGUUAAUUGAUGACAUGGUGGCAUAUGCACUCAAGAGCGAAGGUGGAUAUGUUUGGGCUUGUAAGAAUUAUGAUGGUGACGUUCAAAGUGAUUUACUUGCUCAAGGAUUCGGCUCAUUGGGCCUCAUGACUUCUGUGCUGUUAUCUUCUGAUGGAAAGACAUUAGAAGCUGAGGCAGCUCAUGGAACUGUAACUCGGCAUUUCCGGUUUCAUCAAAAGGGACAAGAAACCAGUACAAACAGUAUUGCUUCCAUAUUUGCAUGGACACGAGGACUGGAACAUAGAGCAAAGCUGGAUAAUAAUGAAAAAUUACUGGAUUUUGCUAAGAAGUUGGAGGCUGCAUGUGUCGAGACAGUAGAGUCAGGAAAGAUGACUAAAGAUCUUGCCCUUCUGAUUCAUGGGCCUAAGGUAUCAAGGGAAUUUUACUUGAACACUGAGGAAUUUAUUGAUGCUGUGGCGUCUAAUCUCGAGAGUAAGCUCCGAGAGCCUGCCACUUCAACAGUCUAACUUAAUUUUUUUGUUGGGAAAUUGGAAAAGCUAUGGCUUGAUAGAUAAGGAGGGGGGCCUGUAAUGAUAAAUUUUUGGGACCUUGGUUACUACUGGCUUCUUCAUUCUUAUUGCCUGUUUGUUUUAGGUCGAUUUUGAACACCCUUCAAAUUCAAAGUUACAGUUUGUAGGCUAUGAUAAAUCACAACCAACAUAUAUUGGGACGCCGUACGGAAGUGUAUCCAACACAGGCUUAGACUAAUGUAGUAGUUAAUAAUUUGUUGUUGAAAGAAACAACUAUAAUAAUAGUCAAACAAUAAAUAUCAUCAAGUUUGAACUGUAGGAAUUAGGAAACAUAAAUAUCAGCAAGUUUGAACUGUAGGAAUUAAGUACAAAUAAAUUUUUAUGAACAAAUUGUGAAGAUGAGAGGGAUAUAAUUGUAUUGAUUUGAUGGCCAGUAUGAAAAUUGAUUUCAUGCUGUAAUUGAUUUUGAAGUUUCCUCAUA